AUGAAACCCGACUGUAAACCAAAUAGUUACUUCAUCGUUAAACAUGGUUCAAGCAUAGUAAAUACUACGGAUACUUCCGUCAUUUUCAACAUCUUGAUACCAUGCAAAGUGUACCAUUUUGGCAUAGAAGAAAUUAGAAGCUAUAACAUCACAUGUUUGGGACCUCAAUGUACUCUACCUCCAGUGUGUCCGGUUCGGGCAGAUAAUUCCUUGGACACCAACGUCAGACCCCAAACCAUUGGCCCGGUACGUGACCUACGAUCAAAUACAAGCCUGGAUAAAACCGUCCUACUGAGUUGGAGGCCUCCGACAGAGGGACAUAAAUGUAUCAAAGAAUACCUCAUCACGUGGGGAUCCGAAAGUAAAACGAUUCCUGCACCGAGCACGUUUUACUAUGUGAAUAAUCUGGAACCUUGUAUGCGCUACAAUUUCACGGUGAACACGAUCGACCAAAGCAAUGAUAAAGGCACACCGGCAACCAUCGAGGACACUGUGCGUGAAGAGAAUCAACUUUCCGAGGUGACGGAAUUGGAGCUGAACGAGGUGGAACCACGCUCCUUGACUGUCAAGUGGAAAGCUCCCGUCAAUGGGACAUACUGUGUGGGAUCGUACCGAUUGGCAGCGUGGUACAACGAUCCUCAAACCGGCGAGCCGAUAACGGUCUUCUCGAACACCACCGACGAUCAGCAUGUCACCUUUGGCGAGGUGAUAGCUUGCAUGACCUACACGGUACAAGUGAUACCGAUAUCUUUCAGCAACAAGGAUGGCAGGAAUGAUAUUGGCUCGCUGAAAACGAACGAACGAACGAUUCUUUCUUACCACAUAGAACCGAUUCGGGCGUUGUCGAUCAAGGCUCGCAGUUUUCAACUUUCCAUCCAACUGCUCGGCGAGAAUAAUAACAACUGUUUACUGGUCAGCGUGCGUUUUAACUGCAGCAAGGAUGGUGAAGUUGAUCCAGAGUCUCAGAUUGUUAGAGAGUUCGUUAUAAGCGGUAAUGAGAGCUUCGAAGGCAUCGUUGAACCUUUGGUGCCCUUUACGUCGUACGAAUGCACUGCCCAAAUCCAGAAUAUUGCUGGUUGGUCUGAUGCAACCCCUGCUUAUGUGUUUCAUACGGCAGAAGAUGUUCCCGAAAGCCCCAGAUCUCUGAAGCUCGUUGGUGAUCGUGAUUCGAUCGCAGUCGCAUGGAAAGCACCCACCGUGAAGAAUGGAGUCGUUGUAAGAUACAGAAUUCACGUGCGUAUGGUCGAGCAAAAGUAUCCCAUUCCGAAGAUCUGCGAUCCGUUUGAGGAGUACAACGAAACCGUUGACUUGCGUGAUGAAGUUGAGCCAGAGGAGUCGCGCAGUUGGGACGGAGAUGAGUUUGAGUACACGAUCUCCAGAUUGAGUUCGUUCACGCUGUACACCGUGCAGGUUGCGGCAGCGACUGGGGCAGGCGUUGGUUCGUACACCGAGCCGCAGGAUGUGAUCACCCUUCCCAGUGUACCGGAAGCCGUGCAGAACUUUGCCAUAGAGGAAAUAGAGGGCCCAGAGCUGAACCAGACGUACCGAUCGGCGGUGAAACUUUCCUGGCAACUUCCAUGUCGAUUGCAUGGGAAUCUGACCCGUUUCGUUGGCCGAUUGUAUGGUACGCGGGAAGAGGAUGGAUCUCCGCCACAUGAACUGACGUGGAAUGUUGGGGUUCAAGCGGAUGAGAUUAAUAACAAGUACUCGUACGUCGAAGAUCGACUCAAGCCCGAAUACAACUAUACGGUUUCGAUAAGCGUAGUAGUGGCCAAUGUUGCUGAACAGAGUCCAGAAACAACUAUUUCCUUUCAAUCUCCGGCCGGAAUUCCCACUAUCAAUCAGACGGAAGAUUUGCUCAAUGUGAAUGUUCUCGAUGCGCCCAACCCGACCAACACCGCCAGGAUAGUUCUAGGAAAGAUAAAUCUUACAUCAGAUAUCGGUAGUAUUCGCUACAUGGCUUUGCUGAUAUCGGAACGGGGUUGUCGAGAAGAUCCCGAACCUAGAACUGGUUUAAUGAACAUCACCGGAGAUAUCCAGUGGCCAGAAACCCUAGAUUGGCAUCGGGUGAGCAACAUGCAUUGCGUUGAACAAUACCAGACGACUCCCGCAUUUUGGAACCCAAUGAAUGCAACAUCCAGUACCGACGCCCCAAUCGAGUACGUGGUUGGCACGGAGCAGUGCAAAGAUGGCAAGACAUAUUGCAACGGUCCACUGAAACAGUACGCGUUGAUUGUGAGAGUUUUCUCAAACAGCAGCUUCAGCGAUACUUCCUUGCGGUCCUUCCGUACAGCGAGUCUGUACUGCGAGUCUAUUCAGCUGGGAUUGAUCAUAAACACGGUCGCCGCAUCUUUAGGGUUGGCCUUCAUCGGUUUGCUUGUGUUGUUAAUACUUUGUUGGUAUUAA